GUGAUAAAACCGGUUCGUUCGGUGGCAAAUCGGAACCGCCGGUUCCAACCGCUGGUUCGAGACCGAUUAGGCAAGUGUUGUGAGGGAGCAAUUCUUUCUGCUCGAAAUUCCCGCCAAAGUCCCAUUGUCGGUGCCUUCAAUCGAUUUCCCACUCAGAACCCUAAUUUCGUCUGUGGGGAGAACAGAGAAUAUUCCAUAGAAGCAAUCGUGAGAUUUGGUAACUGAUACGAUUGAAGUUUGAAGCGGGUCGAAAGGGAAAAUGAGAGGUGGAACCGUUCAGAUCAAUUGGCAUGAUACCAAGCCUGUACUCACCUGCGAUUUCCAUCCUAUCUCCGGCCUUCUCGCCACUGGAGGUGCUGACUUCGAUAUCAAGCUAUGGGCUACUGUUUCUGGUAUAGAGAAAAAGAAGGCCCCUGAAGUUACUUAUCAAAGCAGUCUGUCAUACCAUAGUUCUGCUGUAAAUGCACUUCGAUUCUCUCCUUCAGGCGAACAGCUUGCCUCUGGUGCUGAUGGUGGGGAGCUGAUUUUAUGGAAAUCGCAUACGACAGAAUCUGGUGAAGUAUGGAAAGUUCUGAAGUCAUUGAUGUUUCAUCGUAAGGAUAUCUUAGACCUACAGUGGUCUAAUGAUGGGACAUAUCUUAUUUCCGGUUCAGUUGAUAAUUCAUGUAUUAUAUGGGAUGCUAAUAAAGGCUCUGUGCACCAAAUCUUGGAUUCACAUUUCCAUUAUGUUCAAGGUGUAGCUUGGGACCCAUUGGGGAAGUACGCCGCAUCGCUCAGUUCAGAUCGAACUUGUCGUAUAUAUUUCAACAAGCCAUCUAAAACAAAAGGUGUUGAGAAGGCAAAUUAUACUUGUCAACACGUCAUCUCAAGAGCAGAAGCGCCGUCAACUGAUGAGUCUUCUAAGUCCACUAGAAGCCAUCUAUUCCAUGAUGAGACACUUCCUUCAUUCUUUCGAAGAUUGGCGUGGUCCCCAGAUGGAUCAUUUUUAGUUGUUCCCGCAGGUUGUCACAAAAGUACGCCUACUUCAGAGCCAAUCAAUACUGCUUAUGUACUUCCUAGAAAAGAUCUCUCAAGGCCUGCACUUAUGCUCCCAGGUGCUAGUAAACCUGUUGUGGCUGUAUGCUUUAGCCCGCUAAAAUUUAGUUUGCGGGGAUCAAACUCAUCUUCAAUUUUCAAGCUCCCCUAUCGCCUUAUUUUUGCAGUGGCCACUUUGAAUUCCUUGUAUGUAUAUGACACAGAGAGCAUUCAACCCAUAUUAAUUGUUGCUGGAGUACAUUACUCAGCCAUAACAGACAUCGCAUGGUCACCAACUGCUAAUUACUUAGUGUUGUCCUCCCAAGAUGGUUACUGCACACUACUUGAAUUUGAAAAUCUAGAACUCGGGUUGCCUUUAUCUUCAUCAGAAAAUCAAGUUGUAGCUGCUGCAAUUAAAAGCCCCGUUCCAGAAGCCACCAGUGUCGAUACACACCAUGUGCCUGUGAAUAGCGAGAAGGAGCGAGCAAGGAAUUCCCUAAAGGAGGAUGAUGAUGAUAAAGAUGGACAAAAAGCUUCACAAAGUACAGCAAUACCCUCGAAUCCAAGCAAGGGUGCUGCCAGGAGACGCAUUACUCCCACAGCAAUCAACUAGCUUAUAAGCAAGGGUGCUGCCAGGAGACGCAUUACUCCCACAGCAAUCAACUAGCUUAUCUUAUACCCUCUCUGUAAGAUCUCCCUAUCAUUAUAGCCAUUAUACACUCUUAUACCCAGUUCCCCUCAUGUUCAGAACAGUGACUUACAUGUCAUUUUGCGAAGACAAAUGGAAGUUAUUGAUAUUGAUG